AUGGGUAACUUCUUUAGCAAACUGCACCCCUCAUCCCGUCGCUACCCUCCGCCAGCCCAGCGCCCACGCAGUCACCCCACCCGCUGUGCUCCCACCUCUGGCCGGGAUCACCCCGCUGCCCCUGCGCCUCCCUUCCACUCUCUUCACAGUGGACUGCUCAACCAGGGUCGCGUGCCUUUACCGCCUCGGUUUUACAUCGCCCCAAAGAGGCGGUAUGCCAUCCGGCAGGCUCAGUACUCCUCUCUGGGGGUCCGUCCCUUGCUCUCCUGGGGAGACCCUCUGAAGAAGCAGGUGGUGCCUCGGACCUUCGGCCACCCAAGAGGUGUGAAGAUACCCCCUCCAGGGUGCAAAUGGACUCUCCGUUUGCCGCUCAAGCAGACAGUCACAUCUGCGAAGCCAGUGACAUGCAGUCACCUUCCACGUCCUUGCCUAAAGGACACUGAGCCGAGUGCCCUAGGAGAGUCCCGGAAUGGGAUGGCGAAGGAUGAGGGCAAUCAAAGUCCCCACAGCAUUAGCAGUACUCCUUCUGCCUCUAGGUCCCUGGAGACCAAUGGAGACAUCACUUCCUCCCUGCACAUUUCUGGGCCUCUGAAGGGAACCCUCCACCCCAAGGGCCCAGAAAACAGCCUGUGUAACAAAGCCCAGGUGUCAUCUGGGAGCUCAUUCACCAAAGACUGUGCCAUUGUCAGCUCAUGCAGCCCUGCCGGAGGUGUCCUGCCCCUUCAGAAGCCUAUUCCUGAUGCAGCAGGGCUCUCUGGCCUGCCCAAGAGGCUGAUGAAGUCAACUAAGAAAGGACUGGAGGAAGGCCAUCAGCCCAGCUCUCCAGCCUCACUGGGGUUGGGGAAGGAGAAGCAGGAAGAAAAGCAUUGCCAUAUGCCAUCCGGGAGCAAUUCUCCACCCACAUCUGCCUGUCCUAGGCCACAUAAACGGAAACUGCUGCUGGUACCACCACCUUGGGAUCAAGGUGAGCUGCCUCCACCUCCUAAGCGCCCUCGUAUGCUUGUUGCUGGAGACCUGGGCUUGGAGAAGACAGCUGAGCCCCAAGGGAACCACACAGCCUUAGAAGACAAAGAAGAGGCCACAUCAGACUGCAGUACCACGCAGACUACCAGUCCCUCCUCCCUGUCUGUUGCGCCCACCCAAGACUCCCUGUCUUGUACCACUUCCACUCUGCCAGUCUCAACAAUGUUUUUCACUGACUUAUCCAACCUGUCUGCCAGCCCAACCAUCCUGUGUUCCCCUAGACCUUCGCCUGCACCAGAGAUUGGUCUUGAAGAAAAAGGCAGAAUGCCUAACACUCGUUCUUUGUCUCUUCCAGCGAAAUCUGCUUCUUCCUUUACAUUUAGGCCCAUCUUUAGAGGCGCACUCAGUAAUGAGAAUGGAGGCUCUCUCCGUUUCUAUCCCUCAGUCCCUGAUGCAGCACCUUCUCCUUCUGACAUCUCCACACCUCCUAGCACCUCAACUGUCUCUUUAUUGCCUACCUCCCAAAGAGAGGAGUCGCCCGUCCCCAUGUUGGUGGAUUCUUCUUCUUUUUUCUCACCAACCUCUCCUCCUCCUCCUGUCCCUUCCACCAGCACCCUUGUGUUCACCAGUCAGCCCAUCAGAUUUACAGCCAUCACUCCCACAAUUACAGCCACCGCCUCUGCAAACUCCACCUCUCAGCCUGUUCUGGAUCCUGAUGUAAGAGACAUGGACACCUCUCCCCCUUCACAGGCUGUCAUCUUCACGUCUCCUCCAGGCUCUGGGGUGAGCUCCCUCCCACUUGCCCAGGCCCAUGGCUGUGGAGAUCAGGUGUCCCCUGCAAAGGCCCCAGUCUCCACCAGCCCACCAGCAUUUACAGUCAGCUACCCCGCUGCAAGUUUCAGUCUUCCAUUUCGCCCAGGAGUCACCCCUCAGCCCAGGUUGGGAACCUCUGGUGGGCAUCAGCAGAGAGCCACUGGCCUAGGUCUGACUGCACCAGCAGCUACCUCCACAUCAUUAGGCAGCACGUCUACAGACUCUGCAAUCAAGCCUGAUUAUGAGGACAUGGAUACCACGCCUCCCUCCCUGGCUGUCAUCUUCCCAUCUCCCCCUGACACCAAGGACAACUGCAUGCCAUUUCCCAAGGUAGUUCCUGGUAAGAAGAGCAUGCUGGUGAGAAGCAGCAUUACAUCCACCCCACGCUCCACCAGCUUGCCUGCACAGUCGGUCAGCAGCCCAACUGCAUCUUUCAGACAUCCUUUUAACCCAGGAGCUACCCCUCAGCCCACAUUUGGGGCCCCUGAUUGGCAGCAGCCUGAACCCUCCAGAUUUCACAGGUCCAUACCUGUAGGGAAACGGGCAGUACCAACACAAGCUGUAAACCUAACCAUUAUGGCAGCACAGCAAGCCAAUAACAACACAAAUCAACCAACUUUCGUGGGCAUGGCACCCACGUAUUCCACCUCUAACAUCCAUGCCAGCACCCCGUUGGCCUUUGAUGGUUCCCCAGGCAUUGUUCCCACCGGCAUAGCCAUUAGUUCUGGCUUUAAAACCACAACUAAGAUGCCCAGUGCUGGGAAUAGGAGAUCAUUGUUUGCCAACAGCACUCCAGGCCAACUUGUGUUUAUGAGACCUGCAACCCCUAUAGGUAGUGGGAACUUCAGGGUCAAGGUCCCUGCCCCAGGUCCCAGUUCUACGACUGGAGCACUCAAUUCUGGAGCAGGGCCAAGUGGAACACUCAACUCCAGUUCCAUUCCACCUAUUGGUCCAAACACCUGGGACCAGGUUGGCAGCACCAUACCCUUAUUUGCAAAUAAGACAGGUGGCACCUUCAUUCAGAGCACCUGGGGUCCACCUGUCCAGAGUACAGAUGGUGCAAUGGGAAAUUUUCCCAAGCUUGGGAUCCCAGCCCCUCCUGUCUCUGCCUUCCAUCAGAGAGCCUGGGCCACCCCUCACCAGAGCAAACGUGCUCUUACUGGAAAAGCCAGGACCGCUAGGAGGAAACAUUCACGAAAACACAAUUAUGCGCCCAUCUUUCAUCAGAGCACCUUGGGCCCAUUUGGCAAUGGCACUUCUGCUGGAGAUUCAGGUGCCAGCACUGUAACUGUUCUUGGACACUCUGGUGCUCCCAGCUAUAGCCAGAGCUCCUGGGGCCCACCAGGCCAUGGCACUUAUGCUGGAGUUGCAAGCACCAGAACUAUACCUCUUCUUGGACACCCUGGUGCUCCCAGCUACAGCCAGAACCCCUGGGGCACACCUCUCCAGAGCAGAGUUGGCAUGAAGAGAAGGGACAGCACCAUACCUAUGGUUGGAGGCCCCUGUGUUCCUCAUUUCCAUCAGUGCAGCUACAGUCUUCAUGGCCAGAGCAUGUAUGGUACAACGGGAGGGAAUAGUACCAUGCCCGUAAAUGGAGCCCUUUGGGACCCCUCCUUCCAUCAGUAUACCUGGUGUCCACCUGGCCAGACUACACGUGAUGUAAUGGGAGGUAACAACACCAUGCCUGUAAAUGGAGGCCCUCAUCUUUCCCAUUUCUGCUAG